UUGCGGCAACCCCAUAGCCAUAGGCCGCCAUAGCUUCUGCAAAAACCCCAACUCAGCAAUUCCAAUCCCAAAGCCCUGCCCCUCAAAUUAUUUUCCCAAACACCCAAGGCACGAAACCCUAGGAUCACGCAGCCAGCGGCGGCUAUGGCGACCGACCCCGACAUCGACAUGGCCGACCUCGCCUCCCUCGACGUCCUCGCCUCGUCCUCCUCUUCCGCCGCCGCCGCCCCCGCCCCCUCCACCCGCUUCAGCCUCAAGGGCAAGAGCAAGGGCAAGCCGAAGCCGAAGCCGAAGCCCAAACCUGAACCGGAGCGGGUGCCGGAGCCCGAGUCCAAACCUCAGGAUGAACCCCGCGGCACGGAGGCCGCGCCUCCGGAGGAUGGCGUGGACGCGAUGGAGACGGACGGGGUGGCUGCGAGCGUCGGCACGGAUGGGAUGAAUCAUGAUGAGGACUUCUUGGUGAGGGAGAUCGACGUGUAUUUCACGCCCAAGCCCUUCGACGAUGACACCAUGCUUUACAUUAUGCAAUAUCCACUGAGGCCAUGCUGGCGUCCGUAUGAGCUUAAUGAAAUAUGUAAGGAGGUUCGCGUGAAGCCACGGUGUUCAAAAGUUGAAGUGGAUUUGGAUAUUGAUACAGACAGUGGUAAUUAUGACUCAGAUGUCUCUUCAUCUUCCAAACUAACAAAGCAGACAUUAUCAUCAUCGGAAGCGGCUGACGUGUCUGAUUAUGCAGUUGGGGUUCUUAGUGGCAACUUGGUUCAUUUGAAUCAUAUUGAUGCAGUAAUGCAACUGCGACCAUCAAUGUCACAUCUAAAUUCUGUUCAAUCACAUACUAAGCAGCCUGUACAACAGAGAGAAACAAAUGGUACUCCAACGGUUACAUCUAUUAAGAGUAAUGGGCUCUCAGAUGGUUCCAAGGACUGUAUUGAAGAAUCUGAGCCGUGGAUUUCUCUAGCUUAUGAACCAGCUGGGAGUGAUGCUGCAAGCAAGUACCUUGAUGAGAUGGUAUCAAACGAGGGCAGCCCUAUAGGUUUCAACAUGAGCACAUCCGAUUAUUGGAUGUCAUUGUGUCCUGGAGCACCGACAGGCCGCAAGAACAUUAACAAAUGCCAAGCAAUAAGGGAGAUGCUUGUACUGCCACUUGAAGACCGCCUGAAGAAAUGGUUCACUGAGGUAUCGCAAGUGAGUCGAUUUGAUGCUCUAAUGCAUCUUGCUCCAACCUAUUCGGAGGAAGACAUUUUGAAAAUUCUUCCAAUGUAUGCGGAUUUGGUGCGUGGAUUAUGGGUCUGCAAAAGUUCUUUAUUGUAUGAUGAUGAACUUGGUUGCAAAAGGGAUAAAAUUGUUUUUGAAUUUACAAAAAAGGAAUCUGUACCCAUGAAAUACAUAGACAGACUGAUCAGAGAUGACCGAACAAGGCACAUGAUAUUGAAUCCACUCUGUAAGAAAAGGGAAAAGCUUGAAGACUAUAAAUUUAUAGCAGAAGCAGAUUCAUCCUUCAUAAAACGUUAUUCCCACAUAGUCAAUGAGCAAGAGAUCGCCUGGUCAGUUCGUGGGACAACUAUGUCUGACCUCCAAGAGACAUGCAGCACUACUGAACAAAGGAAAACCAAGAAUUCAACCAGGUCUAACAUUAUUGCAAAAGGGCGUGACCAAAUUAUUGGUAAGGCCAAGGAUGUUCAAGGAAGUGAAAACCCUGUGAAGAUCGUCUUGGAUAUUGUUUUCACUACCAACAAAGUUCGCAGCUUUGCAGCAGUCGUUAGAGAUUUGAGGCACUUGGCAGCAAAAUAUGCCUCUGACAGGAAGGAUGGAGCACGGUUCCAAACUCUGUCAAAUGCUGCAAAAACUUGUGUUUCACUCUCUCCUAAAGAGCUUGAUGCUUCAAUACGUCUUGUUGCUGUUCUUGUUCAUGAUGUUUACAUCCAAAAGACUGAGGACAAGGCUACUCUACGAAAUGUGCUCAUUAAGCUCUUCCGUGAUAGAGAUCCCAAUGGAACGGUAAACAAGCAGGAAAUACUUGAUUAUGCUGGGAAGGUGCUAAAGAAAGAAAUUAGUGAAAAAGAAUAUCAUCAGGCUGUGAGUGAGAUCUGCAUCUCAACUGAAGAAGGGCAGUUGGUAUUGAAGAAUGGUGAUACCUGAAUUUGUCAUGAUGAUGAACCUUGUAUAUGUCCAAAGACGUUUCCUGUUUCUUGAAAUAGCAGAACUGGCGUUGGAUUUGUGAAUGGUGAUCUCAAACAGUAGUCUCUAACACUGGCCUCAACAUUCAGCCGUCAGCAUGUUACGCAUUGGUUCAUUCAGCUUGCGCUCAGUAUAGCUUGGAUAUUAUGCUUCCCAUUGGUUCAUUCAGCUUGCGCUCAAGAUUUGUUGUUGCUGGUUGAGUAUUCUAUUGUGCCAAAUCUUGAUAUUUAUGAACACAUAGUGAUCAAAGUAGAUGCCGCAUUGAUGAAAUUUGGGUCUAGCUGUCCACAACCUCGGGAGUCAUUGCACAGUUUUCACUCACGACGACCAGAUGAAUGGUUCGGGUUUGUGUGCGAGGUUAUUUCUUUGCA